GACUUUUCCCAUCAGUCUGCAGAUUGCUUCAGUGCCGAACAGUAUGGCUACCAAAAUAUUGCAGUGUUUGUCCUCCCACUGAAAUUCCUCCGCGAAAGGACCCCAAAAGUGCCAUUAAUUGCGUGAAAAUCACAUUAAAUAGCCGAGUGAGUGGUGCGUGAUAUCACGAAGGUGUGGGAUUUGUGCAAAAACUCACGCGAAAUUCGAAACUGCCAAAAUGACCUCAAAUAGUUGCUCUGCUGUGCUGAGCAUCUAUUGCUUCCUACUCAGUUUUCUUCUGGUCAAUGGACAAUUGGCCGAGAAAUUGAGCUCACAGAAUCCGUGCGUGAGCAAAGCCACAUGUCACGAUUGCAUCCAGACCAAGAGUUGUGCGUGGUGCCUUCAGCCACAGGCAGACUAUGGCGAUUUGCCACGAUGCUUCCAGCCAAGUUAUGGAGUUGGGGAUUCCAGGUGUCCUGAGGAAUACACCUACAACCCAGACAAUGAGAUGAUCCCACUUUUGAAUAUGGAACUCACAAGGAGAGUCAGUGGGGCUGCAGCUGAGGGUGGUGGAGCCAUGGCUGGAGGCUACAGUGCAAGUGGAUACAGCUCCAGUGGAAGUUCCUAUCAAGCCUCAUCGUCUUCUUCCUCACACUAUGGAAGUUCGUCCAGCAGUGGGAGCACUUAUGGAUUUGGAGCUGCUGCCUCUGGAGGAAUCGUCCAAAUUAGCCCACAGAGAGUUAAACUAAAGCUGCGAAUAAAUGAGGAAUAUCACCUCAAUAUGAGAUACUCACAAGCCGAAGACUAUCCUAUUGAUCUCUACUACCUUAUGGACUUAUCAAAAUCCAUGGAAGAUGACAAGAACAGCCUCUCCUAUCUUGGGAAUUCUCUGUCGGAAACAAUGCGAAAUAUCACAUCGAAUUUCCGUCUUGGAUUUGGAUCAUUUGUGGACAAGGUUCUAAUGCCAUACGUCUCAACAGUGCCAAAGAAUUUGCUAGCACCGUGUGACAAUUGUGCUGCUCCAUAUGGCUUUAGAAAUGUUAUGAGACUUAGUAAGGAUACACAUUAUUUCUCCGAGGAAGUGGCCAGAGCGAGUGUUUCGGGCAAUUUGGAUGCUCCUGAGGGUGGAUUUGAUGCCAUAAUGCAAGCAAUUGCUUGCCGGGAACAUAUUGGAUGGCGUGAACAGGCAAGACGAUUGCUGGUAUUCUCAACUGAUGCUGGAUUCCAUUAUGCUGGAGAUGGGAAAUUGGGUGGGGUUAUCACGCCGAAUGAUGGGGAAUGUCAUCUGGACAAGAGAGGAGAAUAUACACAUUCAAAGAUUCAGGAUUAUCCAAGUAUUUCGCAGAUCAAUCUAAAAGUCAAACAAAAUGCCAUCAAUGUUAUUUUUGCCGUGACAAAGCAACAAAUUGAAGUGUACAAGAAACUCUCUGAACACAUUGAGGGAUCAUCAGCUGCUGAAUUAUCAUCAAAUUCAUCCAAUGUUGUUCAAUUGGUCGAAGAAGAGUACAAUAAAAUUUCCUCAUCGGUUGUGAUGAAGGAUAAUGCCACAAGUGCCGUUAAAAUUACUUACUAUUCCUCCUGCCUCGAUGGAGGAAAAAUGGUGCAGACAAACAAAUGCGAUGGCCUGAAAGUAGGAGAUAUGGUGGAAUUCCGUGCCAAUAUUCUUGUGCAAUCUUGUCCACAAAAUCCAAGGGAUUGGUUCCAGACAUUCCAGAUUUAUCCCGUGGGUAUCAAUGAGAGCUUGAUUGUUGACCUUCAAAUGCUUUGUGACUGCGAAUGCGAACAUCCUGAUCAUCGUGGCUACGUUUCAAAUGCCGCUGAAUGCAACUACCACGGUACCUUGAAAUGCGGUAUCUGCGAAUGCUAUGACCAGUAUUUCGGGCGAAACUGUGAAUGCGGCGUUCUGGACAUUCACAGUGCAAUUGACCGGGAUCGAGCCUGUCGUCCGGACAACAGUACAGUCGACUGCAGCGGACGCGGGACGUGCAUCUGUGGGGUGUGCGAAUGCGAAAAGCGUCCUAAUGCUGAAGAGGUGAUUUCCGGGAAGUUCUGCGAAUGUGACAAUUUCUCGUGUGAUCGACACAACGGAUUGCUGUGCUCAGGUCCGGAUCAUGGGGUUUGUCAGUGCGGUGUUUGUGCCUGUCGGGAGGGAUGGACGGGAACAGCUUGUGACUGUCGGGCUUCCAAUGACACCUGUAUCAAUCCCAAUGACGGAGAAAUUUGUUCUGGGAAUGGAGAAUGUGUCUGUGGCACGUGCAAUUGCAAGAUCACGGACGAGGGCCGGUAUUCUGGGCGGUACUGCGAGAAGUGCCCAACUUGUUCGGGACGCUGCCAUGAAUUCAAGGAUUGUGUUCAGUGUCAGAUGUAUCAGACGGGACCAAUGGGAGAUGACAAGGAUCUCUGUGCCCAGAAUUGCACACUCUUCACGCCCAUCCCGGAGGAAACAGUGACUGCCGAUGAGACAAAGGAUGAGGUCUUAUGCACCUUCUACGAUGAAGAUGACUGUCGUUUCCAGUUUGUCUACACGGAUCGCGAUGAUGACAAAGUCGUGGUGAGGGCACAGGAGGAACGGGAGUGUCCACCGAAAGUGUUCAUGUUGGGUGUUGUUCUGGGCGUAAUUGCAGCAAUUGUCCUGAUAGGAUUGGCCAUUCUCCUGCUGUGGAAACUUCUCACCACGAUCAAUGAUCGACGGGAGUUUGCACGCUUCGAGAAGGAGAGGAUGAUGGCCAAAUGGGAUACGGGUGAAAAUCCUAUUUACAAGCAAGCUACAUCCACCUUCAAGAAUCCAACGUACGCUGGAAAGUAAAGCCACAAAGUAAAUGUUCAAGUGAAACACAAAAAAUGAAAAGAAAGUCACAAGAAAAAAAUUGAGGGAGAAAGUGGGAUAUGUUGUAUUUUGGAAAGUAAUUUACCAAAGGAUGUUGUUUCUGUUGUAUAGGAAGAUGAAGAAGAAAAAAAAGUAAGUCCUCUUUUUUUUAACAAAAACAAAAAAAACUUUUAACUAAUGUGCCGAAAAUCAAAAAUGUGUUGUAGAAAGGAAAUAGCUGAAGAAAAAGCUUUCGGGAAAUUGUCUUUCUACUUAAUAAUUCUUUUUUUUUAAUCAAAAAGAAAACCCAAAAAAAAACAAGUGCUUAAAUGAAUCGAAUAAGAUGAAACGACAAAGAAAAUGUGCCUAAUUUUUUCGCCUUUCUAAUUCUAUUUUACGUGUGUGUACUUAUUAAAUAAAAAAGUUAGUAAAAUCGAAAUUAUUCGGAAAAAGUGAGGCCUUUCGAAAUCAGUGGCUUCACAUUUUUUACAAAAAUAAUCUUUAUCGCUUCUAAAAUUGGUCUCUUAAUUUUUCUAAUAGAAAAAAAUUAUACAAAAAAUAAUCACGCAUAAAAUCCAUAAGAAAAAAACUUUUUUUUCGAAAACCGCACUUUCGCCAAGGAAAAAUAUAUAUUUAUCUACACUACGCGUAAUAAAAAAAAUGAGAAAGUUUAUUAUUAAAAAAAUACUUAUCGAUAGCAAUAAAUAGAGAAUAACAAGUGCAUUAAUUAAUUGUAAUAUUUAAAUAAAACAAAUAGGUAAUAGCAAGUAUUUAGAAAAAAAAUGUCACUAGAAAUGUCUUCAAUAAGAAUUUAUUAAUGUAUUUUUUCUCUAAUAUGUGAAAAAAAAACGGAUUUGUAUUGGCCCUCAGUAAUUUUUUUUAGUUUAUUAUACAUGAAGCAGUAAAAACAGUGAAUUUAGAAUACUUUUUUUUAAAGAAAAUAACAAAACUAAUUUUUAUAGACUGUUAAGUUCACUAAAGAAAUUGUAUAAAAUUGAUUAAUAGAGUUCUUUUUUUGAUUCAUAUUAGUUCUAUUUUGCGACAGUAAUUUACAAGAAUUAAAAUAAUAAUGACGAAAAA